GGCUUGGUGGUUGCCUUUAUUAAUUUCCGCAACAAAAAGUAGCCAAAACCGUUUCCCAUUAUACACCCCCCAUACUCUUUUCUCCGUCUUAUAACUCCCAUCUCAAUCUGCAGUGGAAACCAAACCUAGCAACAUGGCAACCACCUCAUCAUUCAUUGUUGCGGUGGCGGUGAUCACAAUGUGUGCCGGAGCCAUGGCGCAGGCGCCCGAGCCUUCGCUUUAUACCGGGAUGGCUCCGGGGCCAUCGUCUUAUGCAGGGAUAGCGCCGGUGCCAUAUAUGGGGAUGCCGCCGGAGCCGAUGGGACCAGCACCAGCAGCGGACAAUUGUCUCUCGUAUGUGCUGAAUAUGUCGGACUGCUUGAGUUAUGUGCAGGAAGGCAGCAACGUGACUGUGCCGGACAAGCCGUGUUGUCCGGAGCUGGCGGGGCUGUUGGACAGUCAUCCGCUGUGCCUCUGUACGCUGAUAGGCAGCGCUAGUACCUACGGCAUCAAUGUCACCAAGGCUCUUACCCUUCCUGGUGUUUGUGGUGUCCCCACACCUCCGCUUUCAUUGUGCUCAGGAUCACCAACAGGAUCACCAAUAGGAUCACCAGCAGGAUCACCAGCAGGACUAUCAGAAGGAUCUCCAACAGGAUCGAUAGCCGAGUCUCCAAAAAGCCUUGGAACUUCAACCAUUGUGGAGUCCUCCUCUCUGGCCUUCCUUCUUGUCUUAGCCAUUUCGUUUCUCACAGCACUCUUCUGAUUUCGAAAUUUAUGGCUCAGAAUAAUAGUUCCUUCUCCUCAUCCGUUGAUCAGUGUUGCAACCAUUAUUCUAUGCCUAGUGACCCCAGUAAUAAUAUGUAGAAUUACUACUCAUUUCAUAACUUUCAUGAAGAGGAUCCAUUAUUUUUUUCAUUUCUUUAUAGUGUAUCUUGUGAAGAAGCCACAUCAUUCUGGGUACAGCAUUUAUUUUCUUAUAUUAAUAUCGUGUUUUCCAUUA